UGUGGUGGCAGUUUAAUCCAAGAAGAUGUGGUGGUUACUGCGGCUCACUGUGUAGUCAACCUUGACCAGAAUCUAGUGAAGAAUCUGAUUGUAACCACUGGGGAGCAUCACCUCAAAAAGGUGGAUGAACAGGGACAGAAUGUCCCUGUCUUGCAAGUCAUUGUUCACCCAGAGUUCAAUAGAUUUGGACGCAUGGAUCUGGAUAUUACUCUCCUUCAACUAAAAGACCUGGCAAAGUAUGGGGAUGAGGUUCAACUAAUCUGCCUUCCUCACAAAUUGGAGGAGGUUGGGAUAUUUUGUGUUGCUAGUGGCUGGGGCACGGCAUGUGAGGCUGGAGAAAAGUCCAACGUUCUGCAGGAGGUGGAACUUCCCAUCAUUGACAGCAGACCCUGCCUGGUUCAAGUCAAGUCAAUGAAUCUGCCUCCAGCAGAAGACUCCAUGUUCUGUGCUGGCUUUCCUGAUGGCGGGAAGGAUGCUUGCAAGCAUGUUGUUGUUUCCACCAUUGAAACUGGGGAGAUGGACUGUAACGGUGGUGGGUUUCUCAAGAGAGCUCCUGUGUCAGAUCACCUUUCCACGCCUGGGCCUGAAGGAUAUAGCCUGCAAGGGAUUCUGAUCUAUAGAGAAAGUGGUCAUAUUUGGUAUCCUCCACCCAGUGAGGGUAACUAUUUUGAUAACAGAUGCUCUAGUUACAGGAGUGUCGCAGUGCUGGUAGAAGAGGAAAAGAUUGAUACUACUAAUUACCCUGGCCUGUAUCCCAGUAAUACAAAGUGCCACUGGCUCAUUGAAGAUCCUAUAGAGUAUGUCAUAAAGUUGGAGUUUGAAGACUUUGCUGUUGAAUUCAGCCCAGGCUAUAUCUAUGAUACUGUUGUCAUUUAUAGUGACACAGAAGAGGAACAUCAGCUGGCUCAUAUUUGUGGAUUCUCCACCCUGUGUCCUGGAAGUGUCAUGCUGAUACAUUUUGGAAGUGAUGGGGAGAACAACUUCCGAAGGUUCAAGGCCACAUUCACCUUUGUUCCUUCAAACUGGUGGAUCCCAUCUCUUCCCAGAGAAGAACCAUGUCCUCACUGCUGGCCUUGGCAGAGGGGCUUGUAGUUUUUAGGUAAUUACCAGUGUGGACAUCAGUCCAACAUUGAUUUUUACAGUGCCCCGCAGUGUACAUUUGGGAAAAAGUUAAAAACCAUUGUGAUGCAUCCCAACUUUGAUGUAGUGAGUUAUGAUGAUAUUGUACUGAUCCAGCUGGACGUCCCUUUGGAAUACAGUGGUGUUGUGAGGCCAAUACAUUUGCCCAGUGGCACAGAGCCACAGUCUCCCCCUGCUCUUUACACUGUGACUGUAUUGGGGGAACACCCAAGAUCAUGGAAAAAGCAGUGUCAAGGAAGACACAAAAAGCCUUGCAAAAACCACCAAAGGGUUAAGGAUGAGGAUAAUGAGAAGAAGUUUAAUGUAGUCUGCAAGAGAAGUUGUUAUUUUAACCAUCCUGGAGGGAUCACAGCGAUUAUGCUCUGUGUUGGGUUUCCUUCCUCUGAAGGUCAGGAUUCCUGCCAGGGGAAUUCUGGUAGCCCCUUGGCUUGCCAUAAAGAACAGGGUCCAUUUAUUCUUUAUGGCAUCAUCAGCUGGGGUGUUGGUUGUGCCAGGCCUACGAAUCCAGGGGUCUACACCAGAGUGAGUGUCAUCUUGGAUUGGAUUGUAUCUACGAUAAAAGCUGAACUGUGCAGUGUCUUACAGUCUCCAAUAAUCAUCCUGAGUCCUGGGCCUGUGGUGAAAGCAGUAUUUCAUUCCUUUUCCCCUGGUGAAUUUGGUAUGCAAUACAAAGUCCUCAAAGUCCAAGGGCCAAAGUAUGGAAAGGCUGUCAAAUUUUCUAAGAACAUGAACCAAGAAUUGUCACAUUGUAGGGAUGUCAUCCUCACAGACCCAGAAGGAAUGAUCCGGUCACCAGGAUAUCCUAAAGGCCGCAAAGUAUGUGUUUGCCACUGGAGAAUUGUAGUCCCAUUAAAAUCUGUCAUUUGACUAGAUUUCCUAGACUUCUGGAUUGAGCAGACUCUGACUGAUUGCCAGGGCCAGCACAGGGUGUAUGAAGGGCUGGGGACAGCUGAACAGUUGAUAGCUGAAUUCUGUGAUGACAUUUCACCCUAUCCUUUAAAGUCUUGUGGCCCAGUGUUGACACUGACCUUCACUCCCAGCACUGAUAUGAUGGUGAAAGGUUUUGUUCUGGUCUACUCUUUUCAUGAAAUACAACUGGGUCCAGUAUUAGAAAAACCAAGUCCUGAUGACAAAGUACUUAAUGCCAAGCAGUUUGUGAUGCUGAAACUGGAAGCAGCUAUUUACAAGUUACCUAACAAAUCUGACGGAGAUUCUGGAGGGCCACUGACUUGCAUGAUCAGUGGAUGUUAUCAUCUGCUUGGUGUGAACUGGGGUAAUGACAACUGUCAUCCAGAGUCGCCAACAGUCUACACCAGAAGUUCUGUGUACAGGGACUGGAUUGCAGCAGUCACUAAUGGAAAAGUAUGA